UUCUGUGAGUUCUGUAGCACAUCCCGUACCCCACAGAGAUUAUCCUCCUGUUCUGUAUGCCGGCGGCACAAUUACCCGCGGUACGGAGCAAGACCCUCCUUCAGCAGAGAAACAGAACACAUCUGGUCGACGUGGUGAACAACACCGCGAACGACAUUGGCGUGUAGACUGACUGUCGGGGGGGGGGGGGUUCAGGAGAGACCCCUCUUUGCUUCUCGCUACUGCUGUUGUGUUGGGAAAAAGUCGGAUGGGAACGGAGUUUGCCCCUUGCCUGCUGGCGAGGAGUAGUCGUGGGGGCGCACCACGAAAUCCUUUGCACUCAGUCUUGAUCUUUUUUUCGUCGUGCAGGUUUUUCCCCCUCUGGGAAGUGGAGAGGGUAGAGGAAAACGUAACAUAGUCUAAACGUGAAAUGCUUUUUGUUUAUGUUUAUGUUUUUUUUU